AUGAAUAGCACAGAGGACAGUGGAAGCAAGUACCCAGUCUCCAGCUUCACCAUUCAGUCCAUUCUGGGUACCACGUCCGAGGGCGCGCGUAAGGAGAAUUCCAAAGGAGGGCUGCAAAGGAAACGCACGCGGUCGGUGUCCUCCGAGGAGUGCAGCGCAGCGGAAGAUUCCGCCGAUUGUUUUUGCUCCGAGCCCGUGGAUGGAGAGCCAUGCAAUCGGCAUCAGUCUCUCAACUUUUCUUGUCUAAAUUCCACUAAAGGAAUUACGUCGGGGCAAGCUGCAAUAGAAAGGCGGCAGCAUUUAACCCAGGCUCUGUUUCAGGAUUACAGAGAGGACAGAGAGAGACCCUGCAGCCAAAUGUCAUCGAUUUCUGAGGAGAGGCCGAGAGAUGGCGAGGACAAACAAAGUAACUCGGCCAAGAAGAAGACCCGCACUGUGUUCUCGCGGAGUCAGGUGUACCAGCUCGAGUCCACGUUCGACAUGAAACGCUACUUAAGCAGCUCCGAGCGGGCCUGCCUCGCUUCCAGCCUGCAGCUAACAGAGACUCAGGUGAAGACCUGGUUCCAGAACCGCAGGAACAAAUGGAAACGACAGCUCUCGGCAGAACUGGAAGCGGCUAACAUGGCACACGCCUCAGCACAGACUCUAGUUGGGAUGCCGCUUGUUUUUAGAGAUAAUUCCCUGCUAAGGGUUCCAGUCCCAAGGUCGAUUGCCUUCCCAACGCCCUUGUACUAUCCUGGCAAUCUAUCAGCUCUACCACUGUACAAUCUUUACAACAAAAAUGAAUUCUAA